GGCUCCUCGCUUUGUCGGCCGGCAUCGGCGCCUUCUUCGCCUGGCGGGACCGCCGAGACCAAUCGAACCGGCAGUUCCUGACGGCCAACAAGCAACUCGGAUGGCUGCCGGUGUCCGUGUCGAUGGUGGCCAGCUUCGUUUCUGCCACUUCCAUCCUCGGUCUGCCCUCCCAAGUCUUCGUGCGAGGAACGACUAUGUGGAUGAACGUCGUGUCUUCGUCCUUGGCGUUGCUCGUUGCUGCCUUCGUGUUCCUUCCCAUGUACUACAACAUGGACAUCACCAGCAUCAACGAGUACUUAGAGAAGAGGUUCAUGUCAACCGCUGUCCGGAACAUUGCGUCCUCAGUGUUUAUUGUGCAAACGCUACUGUACAUGGGUGUCGUGCUGUACGGCCCAUCACUGGCUCUCGGAUCUGUGACCAGCUUACCGGUGUGGUCUUCUAUCCUUCUGAAUGGCUUUGUAUGCACAUUCUACACUGCCAUAGGUGGUAUCAAAGCAGUGGUGUGGACAGACGUGGUCCAAAUGGUCCUCAUUUACGCGGGCUACACAAUGGUCAUCGCGUCUGGCAUUUCCCACUUGGGAGGUUUCGGCGCCAUGUGGCAGAUAGCCAGCGAAGGAGGCAGGAUCAUAAUUACCAACUUCAGCACGAGCCCGUACGAGACGUACACGUCGUGGAACUUGCUCUUUGGCACCACCGUGAGCUGGACGAGCAUAUACUGCGCCAGCCAGACGCAGCUUCAACGUUACUCGAGCAUCGGCUCGCUGCAAGAUGCUCGCAGGGCACUUCUGCUGAAUAUCCCCAGCGUGGCUGUGACUCUGCUCUUGUCUGUGCUUUCGGGGCUGAUCCUCUACGCUGUGUACUGGGACUGUGAUCCUAGGCUCACCGGGGACAUCGACAAGUCGGACCAGCUGAUGCCGUACAUAGUGCAAGACUUGCUACGCUGUUACCCGGGGCUUAGCGGGCUGCUUGUGGCCGCCGUCUUCAGCGGUUCGCUCAGCACACUAUCCUCUGGCUACAAUGCUCUGGCCGCUGUGACCUGGCACGACUUCGUUCGUCCCAAGGUAAACGUCACUGAAGCCGCUGCUCUAAGAGUUACCAAAUGCAUGGCCGCGGCGUAUGGCUUGCUUUCAAUUGCGAUCGCUUUUCUCGCUGGAGCUACGGAGUCUAUUGUGCACGCAACGGCAUCGCUGGUGGGGACCCUGUCCGGUCCUCUUUUGGCCAUCUUCGUACUGGGCAUCUUUUUUCCCUGUUGCAGGAAGAAGGGUGCCAUGGCAGGCAUCCUCAUCGGCAUCGCUAUCUCUAGUUGGCUGGUGCUAGGCUCCAUCGUGUACCCUCGGCAAGCGGACGCGCUGCCUACGUCAACCGCUGGAUGCCCAAACUUCAACCGAACCAUCCACGCUGGAUCUUACGAGUCACCGCCCGUGCCAAGUGGGAUCCUCCGGUUCUACCACAUCUCCUUCAAAUGGGUCGUCCUAGUCGGCUUUCUCACCCACAUGAUCGUCUCGCUGGUCGUCAGUCUCGUCUUUGAACGCAACGAGAAGGACUGCGUCGAUCCCCAGUACGUCUGCCCCUUCAUACGGCCAUGCAUGGGAAACUACACCCGGUGCAGUAAGGACGCUGACAACGAACUCGGGCAGCAACUGCCGACGAACGGAACGGCACCAACGGAACUCUGCGAGCUCACGUUGGAAUGGCAACAGCCUACCGGAACCACAGGGCCUAGAACUACAGAACCACAGUGCACAGUGCCAACUUGAAACGUCAUCGAACUCCACUGUUUCAUUUUCAUCGUGUACUACUUAUUUUCACGCGGACAUAAAAUGUCCAUGCAUGUUUAAAAAUGUCUGACGUUCUGCU